CGGGUAACGUGGAUGACCUCAGCCCGUCGGCCCGAGGUAAACAAGGCUGGAGGAGCUGCGGCUAGCGACUGUUCAAGAGCCCGUAUUCACCGACUGACAGACAUGGAAAAGAGAGCGAAGGACUUCGGGGUUUCGUGGCUGUGAUCACGUUAAACAAGUCUACCAUCACACUCCAUCCUUAGAUCUGGAUCUGUCUCCUCAGCCAUGUCGUCACGUGUGUUGCUGCGGCAGCAGCUGAUGCGAGAACAAGCCCAGGAGCAGGAGAGACGCGAGGCCCAGCACCAGGCCUCUGCCUCUCAGCUCCGGGCCUCCGACUCCACUCCAGCCAUCUCUGUCACACUUCCCCCAAAUGCUGCCCGUCCCCCUCCGGCCCAGGUGCCAGUGGAGGUGCUAAAGGUGCAGACCCAUUUGGAGAACCCCACCAAGUACCACAUCCAGCAGGCACAGAGGCAGCAGGUGAAGCAGUACCUCUCCACCACCCUGGGCAACAAUGCAGUUACUCAGACCCUGGGGUUGUCCCCUGUGCCGCAGUCCAGCUCUGCUCCUGAAGUUGCCGCCACUGCGAGCAGUGUCCCCAACAGUCCCAUGGCUCUGCUCAACAUCGGAUCCAACAAGGAGGAAAUUGACGAUGUGAUCGACGACAUCAUUAGUCUUGAAUCCAGUUUUAAUGACGACAUCAUUACGUUGAUUGACUCGGGUCUUCAGUUACCUAGCACGCUCCCAGGAAAUCUUUUGGAUGUGUACCAUAGCCCUGGAAUGGCAGCAACCACUCUCACAGUCAGCAACUCCUGCCCUGCUGAUCUUCCAAAAAUUAAAAGGGAAAUAACAGAUGUAGAUUCCAAAGCAAUAAUGAAAGAAAGGCAGAAGAAAGACAACCAUAACCUCAUUGAGCGGAGGCGCAGAUUCAACAUCAACGACCGUAUAAAGGAGCUGGGGCAGUUAAUACCCAAGUCAUCUGACCCAUAUGGCAAUGACGACAGAGAGAUGCGUUGGAAUAAAGGCACCAUUCUGAAAGCCUCUGUAGACUACAUCAGGAAGUUGCAGAAGGAGCAGCAGAGAGCCAAGGACACUGAGAUGCGACAGAAAAAGCUGGAGCAAGCAAACCACAGUCUGAUGUUACGCAUCCAGGAACUGGAAAUGCAGGCAAGGCUCCACGGCCUCUCCAAUUCCACCAGCAUCUCCUCUGGUCUGGGCUCCGACCCCUCCCUGCUCCAGCAGCAGUCGAUCCUACAGAGUGGCCAGUGUCUGCCUCCCAGUGCAGGAGGAGUGUCCUCUCAGAACCUCCUCAGUCUGGGGGCCAUUGGACAGCCUCUGCCUGCCUCCUUCCUGUCCCCGCCCUCCUCGGACUCUCCUGCAGGAGUCACCUUGAACAGCCCCUUGGACAUUGGCAGCCUAAGCUUCGCCGAGCUGGACGACCACUCGGCCUCAGCGCUCUACCCUGACGUGAGCUUGGGAGACAUUCUUAUGGACGACGGCUGCACCCUGUCUCCAGAUAGGUUAGGGGACCCACUCUUCUCCCCUUUGUCACCAGGUGCCUCUAGAUCCAGCAGGAGCAGCCUUGAAAUGGACGAGGACUUGUGAUGAGCCCUGUGUGGUGGUCAGAGACUUAGGGACAAGAAUGUCAGGAAGUGCAGUCUAUCGUUAAAUAAACAUGAGUCGGUUUAUAGUACUAUAGAAUUGAAUUUAGAAAAUCCAGACUAGCUAACAUACAGAUCAAAAGUAACAUCAACUUUGCAGCAGGAGAAAGUAACUUCUUGUUGAAUUAUUUUCUUUGCUAUACAGACCGAAUUCUUCUUCUUCGUGUUUGGAGCAGGUCAGAUAAUUGUUUCUAGAUUUGUAAAUGCAAUCUUAUGAAAACUGAAUAUUGUAUAUAUAAUAAGGCAUGGAUUUAGCAUUAAGAAAGGAUAGAUUAUUUUUUAAGAUUUUCCUCUGAGAUUGAACAGGGAUUUAAAGUUUGUUUGAAUUUAUUACAGCACGUGCUCAUUUAUAGGGAAAAAAGCUGUGAGGUUUCUUUUUCAUGACAAUAAUGGCAUAACAAACUUAUUAUUAAGAGAUGCCGACACACAAUAUAUGUUUUUAUUUUUGGUUUUUAACUGACUGGAAUCAGGGUUUGUUAAUAGCAGUCGCACACUCAUCUAUGUUGGGUUGUUUCACCAGCAGCUUCAGAAGGGAUCUUUGUAAAAUGGAUUGGCACAUGUGAAAUAUUUACGGCAUAUUGUAUAUAAGAAUAUUUUAUUUUGAGCAAUUUUAUUGCACCUUAUUGUAUGGCAGUCUAUGCAUUUUAUGAGAGCUUUUUGUCUGUUUGUAUUCCUUUUACAUACAGUGGACAACUGAUGCCCAGGUCGCAUGUAUCUGUACUAAACCUUAAGAGCAGUGGAGAAUCACUUGCUGCUGCAGCUAGUUAGCCAAAGCAGGACUUCUUCCAGAGUAGCUACGGAUUACAUUUCAGCGUUUUAUUUUUUACAUAUAUCCACUCAGUCAGUGGAAAUGCAAGACAGUGCAGAACAAUUGUAUCUUUUACAAUAGUACUGUAGUUCAUUACAUGUUUUUUGGAUACCUGAAUAAUAGUUUGAUGAGUAGUUUCUCCUGACUAAUAUCUGUGUUGUCAGUAAUAGUUUGUCUCACUAAACCUCGAUGAUCACCGAAUGAUUUUAACUUGUUCGCAUGUUCAACCAAGAUUGUGGCUUUUUUUUUUUAAAGAUCAAAAUUGAUAUAUCUGUUAUUUGAUCACUGUAGUAUGAAUUCAGAGGCCGUUAACCUUUUAAACCAACCACUAGUCUCAGUGAUGUAACAAUAAGGUAUAACUGUUUGUUGUGUCAAAACCUACAAUGCAAUUAUUAUUCUAUAAAAUUGCCACAAACUUAAGAAAGGCAUUUAUUUUGUCAGAUGCUUUAAGAAAACUUUAUGUUCAGUUAUUCAACGUGUUUGAGAAAGUACCUGCAUAUGUGUAGUUGUUGGUUUUGUUUUUUAACACUGAUGUACUGUAUUUUAUUUCCAGCACAACCUCCAAGUUAAUGACACAGUAACAUUUUUAAGUAUUCUUUGAGCUGUGGUAAAAAACCAGAUCACAUUAGGAAUCAUAAUACUUUAGAUCGUGGUACUGAGUGACAUCGAUUGGCGUUUAGAGGGGUUUUAAGGAAUUGCUCUGUUACGCUAAUUAUGUCGUUCCCAGUCCCAUAAAGUCAAGUAUCUAUUUUCAGCUAUUUCAACUCAUACUUAAUCACUCUCCACAAUAUUAACCUGUCUUACCCUGACGUAUGUUUGAGUGCUAACACGGACUGUUAACCAUAAACGUAACAUUUGUGUCUUGUCCCUACAUGUUGGCUUUCAGAUGAUUUUAACAAAUAAAUGAUUCCCAUUGG